CUGUUCUCAUUAAAAGUCAACCUUAUAUAAAAUUCAUCAGAUCUGUCUCAAUAAAUAUCAUGCUCUCUGCUAUACCCAUUUCAUCUCUGCUCUCUCAAUAACUCUCUCAUCUCAUCUGAGAGUAGUUGAAGUUGCCAUAUCUUUUCUCUACUGCUCUACUUCAACAACUCAGAUCUCUCUUCUCUCUCAACUUUCAUUUCAUUUCAUCUUUGCUCGAUCGCUCAGUAACUCUCAUCUCAUCUGAGUUUCAAUUCAGAAAUUCAACAACGAACUAAUUCACGGAAUAACUCCAUCUCCAUUCUCAUCAUCAACCUAAUUCAGAAACACUUUAGAGAGAGAAGUUCAAUGGCUUUUGAUGCUGUAACCACUCUAAUCAAAAUAGUAGAGGCUGCAGAGCAAGACAUUAUGGAGCUCGAAGUACUAUCAAUUUUGUAUGCUGAAGGAUUAAUGAUGGUGUCACUGCAUGAAACGGUUGAGUUGCUGUCUUACAAGCUCCAUUUUCUGCAAGCCUUUUUGGUGGAAUGUAAGACAAAAAUGAAUGAUGGGGACACCAGGGCUCGGAGACUGUAUACAGAUGUCCAAGAUGAAGUUGCUAGAAUAUAUGAAAAGUACGAAAUAAAUUCUAAACCAAGACUAUUAUAUUCGGGAGAUUACUGGGGAUAUUCAUGUGAAGAUAUUCAUCAUCUCUUGAAAAGAAUAGUAAGAGAUAUUGAGGAAGUUAAAGACCGGAUCCUGGAGGUAAAAAGAAGAGCUGCUUUAGAGGAUGAGGAACAGAACAUCACAAUUUGGGAUACCUACCAAAAUGCUUUAAAAACUGAGAAUGAAGUGAUUGUAGGAUUCGACAGUGAUAUAGAGAAGAUAGUUAACCGGCGGCUCUGUUAUUCAUACUUCAUGAGAUCAGUUUUCACCAUUUUGAGGAAUAAUAACAAUGACAAGUUUCGGAGAUAUGUUGAAAACGUAGUGCUGAAACUACAAGUUAUCCCACUCGUCGGGGAAGGAGGCAUUGGAAAAACUACAUUAGCCAAAAGAGUCUAUGGACAUCCAAUUACUAUUGCUAGCUUUCACAUUCGAGCAUGGGUAGUUGUGUCUAAAGUUCAUAACCUCAAAGAGAUGCUCAUUGGUCUAUUACGUUGUAUUUCACCAAUCACUAGUGAGAUCUACAACAUAGAUGAGGCUCAGAUAGCUGAGAAAUUAAGCACAAGUUUGAUGGGACAGAAAUAUUUAAUUCUCUUGGAUGAUAUAUGGACCACUGCUGCAUGGGAUGCCAUCCAAGGAUAUUUUCCAGAGAAUUUUAAUGGAAGCCGAGUCUUAGUAACUACUCGGUUCAAAGAGGUGUCUGAAUACUUAAGUACGAAUCCCUACCAAGUGAAGUAUCAAACUUUUUCGGAUCGUUGGGAAUUAUUUUCAAGGAAAGUGUUUGGGCAAAGCCAAUGUGUUCCCAGUGAAUAUGAGCCAAUUGGGGAACGCAUUGUUCUUGGUUGUGGUGGAUUACCCCUAGUAGUUGUUUUAAUUUCCGGACUUUUGGCGACAGCAAAAGGGUGUCUAGAAAUAUGGAGAGAUGUUGCCCGAACUUUGGAUGGAGUUGGUAGAUAUGAUAAUAACAAAAGAAUUUCAAAAAUAGUUUCAUUAAGCUACAAGUACUUACCUAGUCAUUUGAAGGCUUGCUUUCAUUAUUUUGGUGUGUUUCCUGAAGACAGUGUCAUUCCUGUUAAGAAAUUAAUCAACUUAUGGGUUGCAGAGGGAUUUAUAAAGCCACAUAACAAUAUGAGUUUGGAAGAAGUGGGAGAGAGUUACUUGCAUGAUCUCAUUAAUAGAAGUCUAGUUCAAAUUAAUGAGCUAAGUAUUGACGGCAAAGUUAAAUCAUGUAACAUUCAUGAUCGAGUGCACGAGGUUUGUGUGAGAGAAGCAAUUGAUGGAAAUACAUUGUGCAUUAUUAAUGGAAACCAUGCUCCAAAGGCUAGUCAUUGGUUAAGCUGUCAAACAAGUCAUUGGCCAAUCACUCGAGCAAGUUAUGGGAAUUUUGGUCCUGAUGAAAUCCAUUCUGUUCUCUGCUUUGGUAAAGAUGUAUACCAUUCAAAAUGCAGGUUGGUAUACCCAUGUUUAAAAUUGCUAAGAGUAUUGGAUUUAUCAUUAUUUAAAUGCUCGCAAGGCAUGCCUCGUGAAAUAACAGACUUGGUUCAUUUGAGAUACUUGGCUUUAAGUACCAUAGGGUCUCUUUAUGAGUUUCAAUUUUUGAAGCUUAAUAAAUUGGUAACUCUCAUAGUUACUUCAUGGAUGAAAAAAUGCCCUUUGCAAUUGCCAUGUGAUAUUUUGGAUUUGCGACAAUUGAGGCAUUUGCAUGUUGACAAGAGAUGUUCACAAUAUCUCCCUCGCUUGGUCAAAAAAAAUCUACAAGCUGUUUAUUGGUUGAAAGUUGCUAGCUCCGACAAAAAACCAAACUUCAAAAUGGUUCCAAACCUAAGGGAACUUGGGAUUUUCAUUGAAGGCAAAUUGGUGCCUAGCUAUCUAGGGAGCCUUGUGUAUUUACAUCUACUUGAAGUUGAAGUUUGA